AUGUUGAAACUGGAGCAGCAGCAUGACCAGGUCGACUGGGGACAGCAAGCAGUCAUCAGGUUGACCCAUGACAUUAGCCUGAAUGAGUUUGAAGAUGACGACUUGUCUGAGAUCACUGAGAUCACAGAUGAGUGUGGGAUGAGUCUCAACUACAUGGGCCUAGAGAUUAAGGGCUGUGUGAGGCAGGGGACCAAUAGUGGGGUGGGGAAGGAGGAGCUGGGUGCUGUCGGCCAGCUCCAGGCCGAGAUGCUCCAUUUGGAUCUGAUCGACGGGGCCGAUGGUUACCGCGAUGACAAGGAGUCAUCUAAGCCAUCUUCCACAGCACCCCUGCCAGUAACUGAGGACCCCCCUCUAGUAACCAUGAAUAUAUACCGGCCAAAGAGACCCACGACCCUUAACCUUUUCCCCAUGGUGCCACGCACUCAGGACACAUUAAACAACAACUCAUUUGGUAAGAAGUACAGCUGGCAGGAGAAGGUCUCGCUCUCAUCCUCCCCCCUCAAAACAGGCGGGCUGAUCUCUCCCCAUGAGCACAGCUGUCUAAGCGACGAGGACAAGCUGCAGCACGGAGGUGGGACGCAGACCAAGGACCGCGGCACAUCCACUGACACUCCCUGCAGAUACAAACACACCUCUGGACACACCGAGAGCUCCACAGCGGGGACACGCUCCAAACUGCCGGAGAAGCCCCCAGCACCCCCGCCUCCCCAAAACUACACACUCGCACCUUUGGGCCCCCCAGGGACACACAGAGAGAAGAUCCGCUAUCACACAGAUGUACGCCUAGAACCCACCGAGGAGAUCUAUCUGACUCCCGUGCACCGUUCCGAGCAGGACCACCCAUUCCUGUCCCAGCAGCCAGAGCACGGACGCAUGUCAAUCAGCUCUGACAACGAGGGCCCGCCCCCUUACCAGCCUCUGCCCGACCGGACCAACCCUUCCAUUUGUGAGGAGGACGAGGUUUACAUGCCCCCUCCCUCCUACACCUCCUAUGUGGAGGCUCUCUUCACCCCUCCCUCUACCGCCCCCCCUAUGGAACCCCCAGGCUUAGCCCUGAACCUCGGCCUGAGGGAAGGAGGAGCAGGGGCGAUGGUGAGGGCAGGGGCAGGGGUGGAGUAUGUAGAUGCCCAAGAUGAGACAUUUGGGGUGGAGGGUGAGGAUGAGAGGGUAAGGGUUGUGGGAGGCAGGCAGUAUUUGGGACGUGGUGGCUGUGGUGCCCCCACGAGUACUUUGAUGAGCUCGGAAGCGAGUGGUCUGUCUUACGACUCUGUGAAGUACACACUCGUUGUGGACGAGCACGCGCAGCUCGAACUGGUAAGUCUGAGGCAGUGUUACCAAUGUUACAGCGAUGACAGCAACUCUGCGACCGUCUACGACAACUGCAUCUCGUCUCCGUAUGAGUCGGCCAUAGGGGAGAAGUAUAAGGAGGAAGAGGAAGAAGAGAAAGAGGAGGAGGAGGAGGAGGAGGAGGAGGAGGAGGAGGAGAGAGUGAGAGUGGGAAGGGUGAGGAGAGAAGCCCCCGCCUGUCUGUCAGAGGACUCCACCCCGGAGGCGAACUUGCACUUCUCUAAGAAGUUCCUCAACAUCUUCAUGAACGGACGGUCACGAUCAUCUAGUGCAGAGCCGUUUGGCUUGUUCUCCUGCCUCAUAAAUGGGGAAGAGAGGGAACAGAGUCACAGAGCCGUCUACAGGUUUGUCCCUCGCCAUGAUGAUGAGCUGGAGUUGGAGGUUGAUGACCCUGUACUGGUGGAGGUACAAGCAGAGGAUUACUGGUACGAAGGCUAUAACAUGCGUACAGGCACCUGCGGCAUCUUCCCUGCUUACUACGCCAUAGAGGUCACCAAGGAGCCAGAGAGCUUCAAAGUGAAGAGCAGUGACUGGGUAGACAGGUACCACAUGAAAUUCCUGGGCUCGGUCCAAGUACCCUACCACAAAGGCAACGAUGUUCUGUGUGCAGCUAUGCAGAAGAUUGCCACCAAUAGGAGGAUGACAGUGCAGUAUAACCCACCUUCGUCUUGUAUCCUUGAGAUCAACGUGAAAGGUGUGAAGCUCCUAGUCCAGGAUGACUACUAUGCCUCUGACAAAAGUAACCAGUGCAGCCACUUCUUCCAGUUGAAGAAUGUUUCCUUCUGUGGAUAUCACCCUAAGAACAGCAAGUACUUUGGCUUCAUCACAAAACACCCAGCUGACCAGAGAUUUGCCUGUCAUGUGUUUGUUUCUGAAGAUUCUACUAAACCCCUGGCAGAGUCUGUUGGGAAAGCCUUCCAGUUGUACUAUAAGGAAUUUGUAGAUUGCUCCUGUCCGACAGAGGAUAUUUACCUGGAAUAGCACCAACCCCGCCUUCCACCACAACCCUGUACAUUACAGUGUAUCAUAACAUAAUGUUGCAUGACAGAGAAAACAAUUCUAACAAAUGUGAACUAAUACAUUUGACAAAAAGAUGAAGGAGAGAGAGAAAGAAGGAGAGGUACUGGUGUCUAAUGUUUGUCCAAAGAUUUUAAACAGUAUGAAGAUUGAACAUGUAAUUGAUCGAAACAUAGUGGAGAUAUUGAAGAGGGGGUCCCAAAAUAUGUAAAAUGGAGUCACUGAUGAGGAAAUUAAUGUGCCACUCAAGCACAAUGCUCAGAUCAUAGUGACCAUGGGCCUCAUUUAUAAACGUUGCGUAGACACAAAAUAAGGCGUACACCACUUUCUAAGCAAACUUUGGGAUUUCUAAAAAACAAACUUGACGGGAGAAUGUGCAGUUCUCCAUGGACACUUUGACACAUACGUAUGCACAUAAACUGGAGAAAUGAGAAACUGUGACUCCGAUGGCAGAAGGAUGAAACUCGAGAAAUGCUUUAAAAUUGAUACCAUUGAGUAAAAUAAAUUGAAAUAUUACCUCCCAUGUUUUAUAUAUGAAGAGUUCUUUGGAAAAAACAAAACAUGAUUUAGGAUAAUAAAUACAAAUAGAGAUAUCUGUUUUUGCAAAAUAACCCCUCAAAUAUGUUGUACAGUUUAAUCGGGAAUCAUAUUUAAUUGGAUCUGUAAUUAUUAAACAAUACUUGCAUGUUAUGAAAUGUAUUCUCAUAAAUAAUAAGGUGAACAGUAGGACAAAUUACGUUUAAACUGAUGCCGUUUUCAAUGCCUCAGUCGGGUAGAUACCAGUGCACAGUUUCAUAUGUUCGUUGCACAGAACUGUCAAUGUGAUAAUGGCCCUGUCAUUGUCAGUUACAAUCAGGGUAAUUAACACAUGAACGUGUUACACCAUUGGGUGGCUUUGACAAUCAAAUGGGUGGGUAUAAAAAGGCAUGCAAUUACAAUGCUUAAUGACUCACAUUGGCUGCUUUGGCACUGUUGGAAGAUUUGGCGAAUGGAAGAAUUCGGAGAGAGUGAAUUUUCAGAGACCAGACAGAUUUACUGGAAAAUGAUGAAGAGUGGCUUAUUAGCCGGUUCCGAUUACCGAGAGCUGUUCUCUUGGAUCUCUGUGCUGUAGUAGGCCCAGCUUUACAGAGAAACACCUGCAGAAACCAAGCCGUGCCUGUCCCACAUCAACUCCUUGACAACAUCGUUAAUAGCGUUGAUGGUGUCUCUUCGCAUUUGCAGGACUGCAUCUGUGAAGAAAUGGCCACUGGAGGGUUGUGAUGCAUGAGGUACAGUGGAGACGCUGAGGCUGGGUGCACUCAGCUCCUGCUCAGCUGUAGCUCCACCGACCCCACAGGGACAAACGGCGACUAAAAACAAUCGAAAAUGUCACAAUUGUUUGUGUAAAUAAAUAAAGUAUUUGGUCAAUAACAAAGGUUUAUCUCAAUACUUUGUUAUAUACCCUUUGUUGGCAAUGACAGAGGUCAAACGUUUUCUGUAAGUCUUCACAAGGUUUUCACACAGUAUUGCUGGUAUUUUGGCCCAUUGUUCCCUGCAGAUCUCCUCUAGAGCAGUGAUGUUUUGGGGCUGUUGCUGGGCAACACGGACUUUCAACUCCCUCCAAAGAAUUUCUAUGGGGUUGAGAUCUGGAAACUGGCUAGGCCACUCCACGACGUUGAAACACUUCUUACGAAGCCACUCCUUCGUUGCCCGGGCGGUGUGUUUGGGAUCAUUUUCAUGCUGAAAGACCCAGCCACGUUUCAUCUUCAAUGCCCUUGCUGAUGGAAGGAGGUUUUCACUCAAAAUCUCACGAUACAUGGCCCCAUUCAUUCUUUCCUUUACAUGGAUCAGUCGUCCUGGUCCCUUUGCAGAAGAACAGCCCCAAAGCAUGAUGUUUCCAUCCCCAUGCUUCACAGUAGGUAUGGUGUUCUUUGGAUGCAACUCAGCAUUCUUUGUCCUCCAAACACGACGAGUUGAGUUUUACCAAAAAGUUAUAUUUUGGUUUCAUCUGACCAUAUGACAUUCUCCCAAUCUUCUUCUGGAUCAUCCAAAUGCUCUCUAGCAAACUUCAGACGGGCCUGGACAUGUACUGGCUUAUUAAAGCAGGGGGACACGUCUGGCACUGCAGGAUUUGAGUUCCUGGCGGCGUAGUGUGUUACUGAUGGUAGGCUUUGUUACUUUGGUCCCAGCUCUCUGCAGGUCAUUCACUAGGUCCCCUCGUGUGGUUCUGAGAUUUUUGCUCACCAUUCUUGUGAUAAUUUUGACCCCACGGGGUGAGAUCUUGCGUGGAGCCCCAGAUCGAGGGAGAUUAUCAGUGGUCUUGUAUGUCUUCCAUUUCCUAAUAAUUGCUCCCACAGUUGAUUUCUUCAAACCAAGCUGCUUACCUAUUGCAGAUUCAGUCUUCCCAGCCUGGUGCAGGUCUACAAUUUUGUUUCUGGCGUCCUUUGACAGCUCUUUGGUCUUGGCCAUAGUGGAGUUUGGAGUGUGACUGUUUGAGGUUGUGGACAGGUGUCGUUUAUACUGAUAACAAGUUCAAAUAGGUGCCAUUAAUAUAGGUAACGAGUGGAGGACAGAGGAGCCUCUUAAUGAAGAAGUUACAGGUCUGUGAGAGCCAGAAAUCUUGCUUGUUUGUAGGUGACCAAAUACUUAUUUUCCACCAUAAUUUGCAAAUAAAUUCAUAAAAAAUCCUACAUUCUUCUUCUCAUUUUGUCUGUCAUAGUUGAAGUGUACCUAUGAUGAAAAUUACAGGCCUCUCUCAUCUUUUUAAGUGGGGGAACUUGCACAAUUGGUGGCUGACUAAAUACUUUUUUGCCCCACUGUACCUGGAUCAUCCGGUGCGUCUUGCAUGUCCGUGUCCCCCUCCGUCACUACUCCACUCAGGAGGGAUAUCCCCAUAAUACUGGCAAGUCCCUCAUCAAGGAGCAAGGGGAUUGGCCUCCACUUUUAUGUCUGACCACUUCUUUUUUUAUUUCUGAGAAAGCCCGACCUUCUGAGGCAACAGCAUUCACAGCGUCCGCCAUAUGCUGCCACUAUAACGCCUUUUUGGCAUUUGUAAUUCCCACACGGUGUCCACCAAACAAUAUAUGUUUUCUUGCUUCAACCUCCCCUACAAGAACUUCCAUUCCACACUGGAUGAAAUUUCUUUUUUUAGCCUUUCUGUCAGGAUUUGUUGUCAUUGUUGUCAUGCAGUUAGUAUGGAUUAAUAUUUAUAGGCAACCAUUGGCGUUAAAAAGGUGGGACAAGACGCUCGCUCACGUGCGCCAAAUUUCGAGUUGAUAGUGAUAUAUACAGGGAAACAGGUGUGGGACGUGCGUGCCCAUUGUGGUAUAAAUCUGAAUAUUUUUGCGCAUAAGCACUUUCUGUGUUUCUCCGUACGCCACCUUUUGACGUGAAUCAUCCGCACAGUUUUAUAAAUGAGGCCCCUGAACUGGAGUAUUCUAAAACUAAUCUUUGUGGAUUUAGAGCUUGAAUCCCAGGUAGAACACUGGGCUUUGUGGACUUGGUGAACCGAAGAAAGACCAAUAGUCGAUAAGGUAAAAGUAAAUGGAGGUCAGGGAAAAUAAAUCAAUAAAUGAAUGAAGAUCUUGUUAAAUUACUAGUAUUUGAGUAUUCUAAUCCCUAAUUCUAUGGAAUCUCGAAUGUUGGUGUGCUACAUUGUGUGAGGAAAACAGUGAUUCUCCAUGAGCUAAUGGUGCAGUGUGUUUGGAGAGGGUGAUAAGGGCUCACUGGAGAGUCCUGUGGUCUAAGGUAACUAACGAUCUAAAAUCAGAUUACCCUACCCCAUCCUUUACAAUUAAGGGGAUGACAAAUGAUCUGGCAAAUUAUCAGUGGCUCACACUGUUACUUAUUUUCCAUGUGUUUGUUCCCCCUAAACCAAAAACAAGUAAGCAUUAGGGUCACACUGUUGACCAGGAAUAGUGUCUUUAACAUGCUGCAAAGCCUUUGGUGUUCAGAACCCUCAAAUAUAUUCACAUUAAGGAAUCAAGAGCAAACUUUUGAAACAGGGGUUCCUACCAAUAAAAGCACUCACACUGU